AUAAAUAGGUUUAAACUAACUACCAUGUAAUGUUUAAGUUAGAUAAGGUGUCUACUGAUAACAUUUGAUAGCAUGCUGUCAAAUUGUGUAAUUUAUGUUUAAUACCGAAUGUUAUGAUUGAGCUAAUAUGGAAGCGUUACGUGUCGCAGCUUUAUUUGCAAGUGUUGUGUGUUUAAUGCGCUUUGAAAGAACGGAUGGAAUAAGUUAUAAGAACAUGGAUGACUAUUGUGGGUCUCGCAUCUCAAUGGACGGUGAUAAUCAACUUUCACUAUACUUUUCCGACGAUGACGAAUGUGAGGUUACCAUAGCAACGACAAGCCAGUUUCCAAACAUGAUGCUUUAUUUCGAGAGAUUUUCAGUGGGCUGCAUUUACGGAACUGUCACCAUAAGGAAUAAAUAUGGCGAGCCAUCAUCUGGCCUCCCGGAAAGUCUUUGCGGUUACGUUUCAAGCAGUAAAGUCUACACACACAAUGGUGACGUCAAGAUAAAAUACGUUUCCAAAAAUGGAUGGACCUACGCCUCCUUCUCUUUGAUCGCGACGCUAUAUUCGGAUUCAAGUACGUGUGGAAGAUGGGAUCAUGUUUGUGCUAACGGGCGAUGCAUCGACCAAGAUUUGAAAUGCAACGGUUACAAUUCUUGCGGAGAUAAUUCUGGUUGUUCGGACGAUAAUAAUGAAUCUUCCGUUUCUGGCGUAAGCAUAGGUGUAGGCAUCUCUGUUGGUGUUAUCGUACUCGUCAUAGCAACAGUCACGAUUAUCUGUUGCAGAAGAAGAUCCAUCGGAAUACCCACACAGCAACCCCAACCUACAGCACCUGGGAUGCAAGUUGUUUAUGCGGUCCAUGCUAAUUCUGGACAGUUAAACCAAAGGUUUUCACAUGGGCUUUACGGCAUACAUAUGCAACAAACAGCAGCUAAUAAUCUGCCUACAACGCCGUUGUAUGACCAUUUACCGCCUCCGUAUGAUCCUACUUGGGCACCCAAAGACAUGAAACCAGACUGCCAAAAUGAAUUAGUAUCAGAUCAGAAUGUACUCACACGUAUUGAGAAAGCUACAGGGUCAGACAAGCCGAACAUGCAUGAAGAAGGAUAUAUUUAUGAUAAUGUCGCUGCUGAUUGUUCUGAUGAUCACUACAGUACGCUUGAUGACAUAGGCGCGAAUGUUAAUCAACACAGGGAGUAUGCUCCCCAAUGACAUAACGCUCGUCUAACAACGCCCAUCAUACUAACGACGUGAUGUGUCUUUUAAACAAGGUACACAAUACAACUGCAGAGACUCUAUCAAAAGCACAUUGUGCAUAUACUAACUUUUUUAGGAACUUAACUUUAUAUAGUGUGCAAUGUGUUUGAAUAAAAACAUGAAGAGAGGUAUGAUAACAAUCUUAAUAGGUAUAUUCAAAUCGAUUAACAGCUGAAAAUCAAUUUCAACAUUUAUAAAAAAUGAUUUGUCAUACAUUUACAUAUAGCAGUAUGCGCUCGACACUAAUGUUUAUAUGUAGAGUUUUCAUUAAUGUGUCCAGUCUAAAGACGAACACGCAGAAAGAUGACUACUAUUACAAUCACCUUUAACAUUGUGCGCGGCGUUUUUAUCACUAUUUAUUGUUUUCCAAUACCUUCAAGUACGUUGUUGAGGCUAUAUUGGUGUGUCGUAUUCGCGUGGCUCGUAAAUAACUGAUGAUUCACAGUACACAGUUGAUUUAUAAGGGUUGUAUUGCACUUGAGAUGGUGACGUAUUGGUCUGAAAUGUUUACAUUUUGGGAAAACCAGCACGAAACUCCUGAUAUCUAAAUAGAUAUGUAUUCGCACUACUUUGACAACUUUUGAAAUGUUAUCAGUUGUAUGUUAGAAAAUUGUGUACAUUCCUCUAUGACCUAGCUUGAAUUCUUACCUUUUGAGUUAUCGUUGUCAUAGUUUGCCUCAUACGCAUCCGAACUCCAAUCGAUGCGUGUCUAAAUUUCACAUCGUCAAGAAUGCCCCCUUCCAUUCCCUUACAUUUUACCCAGCAAACUGAUAUCAAUCAAUAGUAUGAUUACCUUCGAUGACAACGACUUGGCACUUACGGUAUUUUUUCCAGUAUGAUUAUGGCAUAUUUUGAUACACAGUUUCAUUUGGUUGCCGUAUGACCUAAAAAUAAAGUAUAUAUUGCGUAUAAAACGCAAUAAUGAUGUUGAAUUCAAUCGAAAAGGUUCAAACGGAAGUGUUUGCAGAAUGUCGAAAUGACAGUUUUCCAACGUUUUUUUCAAAUAAUCCGAAAUUAUAAAAAAAAUCAUAAGGACGAGAUAAUUACGACGAUUUAUAUACAAAAUACACUUUUUUUUAAUUGAGAAAAAAUAAAGCAUAACACUUACAUAAACAGACGAAAUAAUUUGGAAGGUUCUAAUGUUUUCAUUUCAUUUUGUGAUUAAAAAAACGUGGAUCGAUAAAAUAAAGUAUAAAAUGCAU